AUGUACUGUAACGGCCGAUUUUCAAAACCCUGGUCGAGGGCAUCCCAAGUAAAGGAGUUCUCAGUUCAGCCUACACCCACUACUUCUACAACCACUCGUUGUCCAUCGACCUCUAGUGCCACGGGGCAGCCCAGAGUGACGAGGCUAGAGCAGAGGAUGAGCAUUAUGGAGACGGACAUGUUGGAUAUUAAGAGGGCACAGGACAAGAUUGACAAGAAUAUUCUUGCCCCAGGCGAGAUACCACCAGGCGUUCAUCCACCUACUUCAGAUGCCACUACUUCUGGACCUACAAUAUCACCGUUUACAUCAGAUCCAGCGGCUGCUUAUGUUUUUCAGGCCAAGGAUAUAGUUGUGCUUAGUGGGGACAGCGGAAGUGAUGAGGUUGGUGAGGAUUAUGAGACUGGUUCAGGAUCGGAGACCAAGGAGGAGGAUGCUUCCGAUUAG